AUGGGCGAAAACUCUCUCGGACGGAAAUACGACAGCGUGGCCGAAGCGUGGAUCGACGAGCUUGGCCGCGAUGGGGAAAAAAAGCCGUCGUGGUACAGUCGAGCGCGCGACUACUGGGAGAAGAAGGAGGCGAGUGUGACUGGAAUGCUGGACGGUUACGACGCCGUCUCCGCUGUCGACUUAGAAGCUUCUCUCUGCUUUCUCGACAAAAUAAAGGCCCUUCCGGCUUAUAAAGGAGGCAGCUGCCAAUUCAACUACGCCCUUGACUGCGGGGCCGGCAUAGGCCGCGUCACCAAGGGCUGUCUCCUCCACCGGUUUCAGCAGGUGGACAUGGUGGAGCCGAUUGAAAAAUUCUGCCGGCAGGCACCUGAGUUUGUCGCCUCGGAGCGUCUGAAAGAGAUUUUCCAGCAACCGUUGCAAGACUUCUCCCCUACGAAGAAAUACGAUUGCAUCUGGCUCCAGUGGUGCAUCCUCUACCUCACAGACGCGGAUCUCGUGGACCUCCUAAAACGCUGCGCGGGUGCGCUGGAGCACGGCGGCGUCAUCUGCGUGAAGGAGAACAUCGGCGAGAUCGGGUUUGAGAUCGACAAACAAGACAACUCCAUCAUGCGCACAGACAAGCACUACAGACAGCUCUUCAAGCAGGCGGGCAUGCGCCUCCUCUUCGACAUGCGACAGCCCAACUUCCCACGGUCCCUCUUUCCUGUAAACAUGUACUGUCUCCGUCCGCUCGAGCCAAAGGCGGAAACGGCGGAGAACUAG